AUGUCGCUGAACAACAACAAAUGGAGCUUCAAAUUCGACCAUUGUCAACAAUGCGGCAGAGCCAAGAAUAUACCAGCCGAUCUUGAAAGCCUUGAACAACUCGGCGCGUUUGCUCAAAAGAAAAUCGACUGCAUCUCUGAUGAAUGCUCGAUUCGAGACUGCAGCGAGAGCACAAUGAUGUUCAACUCAUUCACCAAUGCAUUGGACAACUGCGAAAGACCCGUUGAAAAGGAUGGUGAUAUCGAGCGAAUGUAUUAUUCGCUGGAUUGUUUUGAGGGAGAGGAUGUUUGCGAGAUCUACCCUCCAGCCUACGUCGUCAUCUCCGAGAAUCGAAUUCGAAUUGAUAUUCGAAUGCCGGAUUGCGAGAAAUGCAAGGCAGUGUUUACUGUGGACGAGCAGUCGCUUUACAAAUUGCUCAAGCAUAUCAAUAUCCAUACAAUGGACAUUCUGGUUGAGACUGGCGGCGAGGCAAUGUUCGAGUUCUUCGCCUUCAACCUUCCGGGAUGCUGGUGGAGGUUCGUGCGAUCCGUCAACAUCAUGUUCUGCGGACAAUUCGUGAUGGACGGCGUUCGGACGCUGGUGAAGAAGUCGCGCGGAUUGAGUGUACUGCGACUCGCGCAUCAAGAGAAGACGAUGGUCCGAAUCGCGGAUAUCGUUGCGUCGAUGGCAGCCAUCGAAAAAUUGGAAUUCUUCUAUCCGGAGAAGAAUGGCUACGGCUACACAAUGGACGUGAGGGCGCUCGAGGUGAUCCUAAAGUGCGAUAAGUUUAACGGCGAGACGAAGCCGUUCCGAUCGUUGCGACUGUUCGGAACGAAAUACGAGUUCGGCACCGCGUCCAUGUUCAAAUUUUGCGAGACGCUCUCGCGCUACACCCACAACGCGAUUGUCGACUACGGAUCAAUGAACGAGAUGAUCUUCAUCGGCUACGGCGAGAAAACGCGCGACGGCAUCAUUCGUCUGCGAGUGACGAGCGAUGAAACGCACAACGUCUUCGAGGACGUCGAAUACAAUUUGAUACGCGAAGGAUCGAACUUCAUCACGCGUUCGUCGAGAUUCCCGCAAAAGUACGCGUGGAUCCGAAUCGACGGUUUGCUCUUCUAUUUGGAACCAUAUUAA